AUGGGGAAUUGGAGUGGAGCUGUUUGGGAGUGGAAUAUCAGGUCCGCAAGCGAGGUUUUGGGUCUUGAAGCAACUAGGGAACAUGAAGAGCUGGAAAUCUUGAUGCAUGACAUUAGGCUGGUAGAGAAUGUUAAUGACCAAGUUGUUUGGCCAUAUGAUAAGUAUAAAAAAUAUUCUGUAGCAUCUGCUUAUGAUUUAAUGCUGAAGGCCCGUGUGGAUGAGGCGUCAAAUGUAGUGUUGGGAGCAGGAAACCAGCUUUGUUGGGGAGCUAUUGUUCCUUCGAAACUCAAGAUAUUUGGCUGGAGAGUUCUUCAGGAUAGGUUGCCUACCAAAAAACAAUUAUUCUCUAGAGGCAUAAUUACACAAAUCCAAGACACUCUUUGCAUCGUGUGUCAACAAGAGGUGGAGGACAUUACUCACUUACUGUUUCAGUGUGGAAAUUUGCAGAAUGUUUGGAGAAGAAUCUAUAUUUGGUUGGAAAUUAAUUUGGUUCCAAUUGGUGACUGUUGCAACAAUUUUCUGAGUUUUGUAACAGGGUUAGCAGGGAUGAUGUCACCUAGAAGGGCUGCUGCAAUCUGGUUGACUUGUUGCUGGUGUAUAUGGAUGCAACGCAAUGAUAUUAUCUUUAAUGAUGCUGAGUUCGAUUCGGAAGAAUUGUUUUUUAGGAUCCUUUGGCAAUCGUGGUGGUGGCUUGCCUUGGAAGCCAAAGAUAGAAUAGCUUGUAAUUUCUAUGAGUGGUUUCAAAACCCACACCUAUGUGCAUAG